UCAAGCUCCUUGGAGGCGGCAAUAGCUGUGAAAGCUUGGAGGCGGCAAUUGCAUCGUUUCUCUCUCUGUACGCGAGUUUGUCCUCUAGAUUUUACUACAGUCUAUCUGUUUAUUCCUCUUUAUUUCCCUAUGAUUCAGCCUUCCUUGCAUUUUUGGUGAGAUGAACUGGAUAAAGGGUUUGAUUCUUCGUAAAAAUUUUCUGAGAUCCAGUGGGGAGAUUUUUAGAUGUAGACAAUCAGAAUAUUCUAGUGUUAACAAGCUCCAAAAGGGUGUCAUCCUUUCUGAGAAGAUUUAUUCCCUUGGCUUGCAGCCAGAAAGACGAUGCACAGUGGGAACCUUGUUCCAGCAUGCCAAGUUGGAUUCUAAACAUGCAGAUCUCCAAGAAACAUCAAUCCUAACAAGGAAUACUCUGGGAAAACUUCAGCUUUCUUGUCAUGUUGAAGGAGAUAUCUCUAGACAAAUAAGACAUAGAAUGACUAUAUUUCGACAGUAUGGACAAAGCAAACACGAUCCAGAACUGAACAGAGAUUUUCUAGCACUGCUCUGGGUUGCUGAUAAAAAAGUGAAAAGACCUAGAUCAAAAAAAAGACAGAAAGUUGUUAACAACCAAGCAGUUUUUCAGAACAAACCUUCUUUCAGACAUCUAUUAGGAGGAUUCUUUUCAGCUGCAUCUGCUGACAAAAAGAGAUCUUAUGACCCGAUGAAACCAGUUAUUAACCAACCACCCCUUAGCCAGUCAGCCACUGGCAUCUUGGAGCCAGCAUCUCUGGAGGAGGCUCGCAUUGCACCUCUUCUAGCAAGGUCCAAUUUGCUGAUUACUAGGAAUAUAGAAUGGGCAAAUGUUGUAUUUGGUUUUGAGCAGGAAAACCAAUAUGCUAUAGUAGACAUUUGCUACCCUCAAUCACCUGUGGGUUUUAUCCUUGAACAAAGUAAUGUGAUUGCCAGACAGCUGCUUCGUCUGAGGCGUCCUUUCGUAGCUUCCAUAACUGAUGCUAUGGGCAAUGAGCUAUUUAGGGUCCGGAGGCCCUUUUGGUGGAUGACAAGCUCAAUUUAUGCAGAGAUAGAUGGUAAGGAGCUUGGCGUUGUUCACCGGAGGUGGCAUUUGUGGAAGAGGAUCUAUGAUCUGUACUUGGGGAAUAAACAGUUUUCUGUGGUUGAGAAUCCUGGCUUUUGGAACUGGACAUUUACUUUGAAGGACAUGGAUGGGAGAGUCCUGGCUGAAAUAGAUCGCAACUGGAGAGGUUUUGGUUUUGAGAUCUUCACUGAUGCUGGCCAGUAUGUGAUCCGUUUUGGAACUGCUGAUGCCGAAGCCAAUGUUGGCCCAGCUGGAAUGGUUCAGGAGCUAGAAGUGGUCCGCCCCCUGACUUUAUCUGAAAGAGCAAUAGCUCUUGCCCUUGCUGUUUCACUGGAUAAUGAUUACUUUUCACGCAGGGGGGGCUGGGUAAUGCCGUUCGUUGAUGUCGGGGAAUAAUAUUUCCACAUGGUGCGUGCGUUGAUGCAAAGUCAUCUGCAGGGAUGAAUCGUAUUGUCCAAACCAAAACUCUUUUUGAGGUUCUUCAUGAUGUAUAUAGAGAUUGAUUCCCGAUGCUCCGAUGCAUGCCAUGAUCCGUCGUAUGAUGAUGCAUGCAAUUUAUAUUUUGUCCAGACCCAGCGGGUAUGGGUAUAUUAUGAUGCAUGCGCAUUUAUAA